UUCAGCCCUGCCAGUGGAACCACCACAGGAGGAGCAGUGUGUUGGUGAAGGGAUGUUGGCUUUCCCCACCUGCUGCUGCUACUUGCAUAAGAAGGAAAACACCCAACCCUUGCAUCUUUUUUUUUUCUUUACUUACUGUAGAGCCAAACCUAGAGGUAGACAAAGGAUUAUUAAAUCCUGAUGAGCCAGCAGACUUGGCACAAAACCAAGAAAAACCUUGAAAUAUUGAAAGGCAUUGUAAAAAAUUGGGAAGCAUUAACCUCAGAUGAUUUUUGUGAUGAUGAGAAGAUGAAAGUUGGAAACACGUAACUGAAUUACUGUUUGUAGAUAUGCAGCACUUCUGAAGUUAAAUCAAAGUAUCAUGUUCACUGUAGUUAAAGUAGUUAAUAUUUGCCAGAUUAGCUUGAGGCAUUUCGAUGUAGCGUGUAGAUAACAGUGGCACAGCGUGCUUACACAGAUGAAAUGAGACAUACUCACAUCCAAUGCUUUUCACAGAAACACACCAUCAGCACAGCUCCUCUUUAACCUGCAAAAUCUUAUUUUACUAAUACCUUCUACAGAUUAUGUUGUAACAGUGCAGGAAGUGAUUCAUUUUAGACAUACAAAUGUAGUUAUACUUCAAAGUGCUUUAUCACUUUUCUGUUUCAACUUUACGUACAGCAAGUGGGUAAAACUUCAACAGCAUUUAGCUGUAUGAAUUAGCCCCAUGGGCUAUGCCCACUGUGGUAGCAGAUCUAUUUGUCAGCAGAAUUUCUUCUCACAGCCUACUCUUAUCAGAAGACAGAUGCGAUUACUAAGCUAAAAUGGUAUGUGAAAACAUAUGGUGUUUUGGAGCUGCUUGGUUACUGUGGUGGAUAAAUAGCUCCUGACCCUAACCAGGAACUUUUCAUGAAAAAAGAGCGGUGUCCCUAUGCCUUAUAAAGGCAUGGGCAGGCUUAUUCCAGCGCUCAAGAAGGGGCGGUAGCGAGGGUUUUUUUUCCAGCAGCGGUCGCAGGCGAAUGAAGAAGUUGAGCUGAAACUGCGAACACUUCAUCCCGGCACUGAGCGGCAAAACUCUGUCAAGAGAGGAGGAAGCAGGUGAAAUUAAAAAAAAAUAAAAUAAAAAAAGAAACCCACUUGGUCAUGGGGAAAUCAGCUUCCAAACAAUUUGCUGAAGAAGUCUUGAAAGUACACAAUGACUACAGGAAGAAACAUGGAGUCCCCCCAUUAAAACUCUGCAAGAAGUUAAACAGAGGAGCCCAACAGUAUGCAGAGGAACUGGCUACCACGAGGGUCCUCAAGCACAGCUCUGAGUCUGCUAAUGGGAAUUGUGGAGAAAACCUGGCAUGGGCAUCCUAUGACCAAUCAGGAAAAGAUGUGGCUGACAGAUGGUACAGUGAAAUAAAAAAUUACAGCUUUCAAAACCCAGGGUUUUCUUCUAGGACAGGUCACUUUACAGCAAUGGUUUGGAAGAACACAAAAAAGAUGGGAGUUGGAAAGGCAUCUGCUAGUGAUGGCUCAACAUUUGUGGUGGCUAGAUAUGAUCCAGCUGGAAAUGUAGUAAAUCCAGGGUAUUAUGAAGAAAAUGUUCUUCCUCCAAGAAAAUAACUUUAUUUUUUUUAAGGUAGUCUUAUUGCUUAAUGACAAGUGAACCCGGAUUUGGACCUAACAGUGUUGAAAUGAAGCCCAGUUCAAUGAAAUCUGUUUGAUACUUCUGUUCACGUCUCAGUGUGGAGGAAGCAAUUAAUUACAUUUUGCUUGAGUCAAUAUGCACAUCAGGCCCCUGCUGUUUCUGAGGGGACCUCAGUUUAUUUGAGGAUGAACUAUAAGCAGCAUUUCUGAAGGAUAAAAUGGGUAAGAUUUAAAAAAAUUGUUUGCAUGAACUCUGUGUCAGUAUGUGAGUAACCACAUGUUGGAUGUCUAUUUUUUUUUAACAAGCAAAUUUAUAGCUUUCUGUAAACUGAAGAUACCAGCUUGUAAUUAUAUUAUAUGCUCCCAUCUGUCCAAUCCUUUUUAGUAACUGUACCUUAGUUGCUCUGUCUUUACCUCCUGCUGUUGUGGGACCUACUCUCUGCAGAUGGAACACAUGCAAAACUUCCUGAAUGAAAGGUAUAUGCAUAAAAUGUAGUGGAAUUCAGACCUGUGUGUUUUUAUUAAUAGGAUGGAUCUCGCAGAACACUAAAAGGCAGCUGGCAAAAUUAUGGCCAUCAAGCAAGCUGUAACUAAUGCAUGAUCUAGAAAAACACCCUAUAAUUUUUUAAUCCCAUUUUAGAUGCUGAUGUGUAAAAUAUGUUCAAGAUUAGUAUAUAUAAAGUUCAAAGUGCAUCCUACAGUUUACACUAUGUACCUUGUAUUAUAAUCAAAUUGUUUACUUCCAUUGCAUAAAAAUAAGAUUCUACUUUUUUGAUAUUUAUGCACAAAAAAGUUUCUUUGAUGGUGUACUUUGAAUUUUAUUUCUCAGUAACUUAUUUUUAAGGAAUAUCUUUUAAAGGUGUCAUGCUAUGCAAGCAAUAACAUUCUCAAAUCAUCUCAUCUUUAAUAAUGUAUCAGUAGGGGUAUUCACAUUGUCAUAAUUAAGAGAUGUAUGCUCUUUAUUCAUGUUAUUCAAUAAUAGUAUUAUUUCAUGUGCUGGAUUGAUGCCUUGAAAACAAUGAAGAUUUAAUUUCCUUAAGAACAAGCCAAGCAAAAAUUCUGGGGACAAUUUUUCUCUGAUUAAAUGUGGGUUGAGCCAUUUUGGCCAGGUUCAUAUACUCCCAAACUCAAUUUGGGAGUUUGUUUUCUUUGUAAAAGUUUCUCUAGACUUUUGCUGGGAUUCUAUAUGCCAUAAUCUGGUUCAUGGACAGUGCCAUUACAGAAAUACUUGUUUUUGUUUACACAGUUAUAAUAAACUGCACUCUUAUGGCUUGAUUAUAUGUCACUGGGAUGCUGUUUGUUUUUUUUUUUUUUGCUGUAACCAAGAAUUUGACACAUAUCAUGAACAACUGAAAAAUAAAUAUUUUUGAA